UUCGAGGUCAUUGUGAAUACACUUUCUGUUCCUUUGAUCUGUGUGUUUCUUCCAGUGCUUUAAGAUUUCCCAGUUGCUGUUAUAUGUUGGAUUCACCCUCACAUACACCGCCCCCUGCUGCAUCAUCCUCUCUUGGCUCAGGGCCUACAGCUCUCGAUUGCCUUUUGCACAGUAAACUUCUCAUUAUCUUCUUCAAAAUCCAAUACGAAAUACCUAAAUAAUAAGUCAAUCAUCUCAUCCUUUGGACUAUUCUGUGUACCCUGAUCUCCGGACACCAAUAUCCCGAUUACAUCGUACAACCGCAACCUUGCCAGUGGCAUUUGUAUCCCAUUCUGUUUCCUUGUAUCGUCUUAAGUGGACUUACAGAGAUACCUGUGCGUUUUAUUUUAUCUCGUUUCAAGACUGUCGUGUGAUCUUAAUCGAACCGGGAGAACCUUGCCUUGGUUAGUUGGGGGCGUAUUCCACCCAUGAUGGAAAACGCAUAUGAGCGUGUUGCUAAUGAGAGUUCCCCUCUUGUGGAAGAACAAGACCAUGAUGAAGCGUUUGGUUUAUCUGAGGGCCGGGGUGUGAGGGAGGGUGUGGAUGAUAUCGUGGAAACGAAAAGCAGCUUGUAUCUGUUUUUGUUGACGAUGAGUAUCGGUGGUCUUCAGGUUGUAUGGUCUGUUGAAUUGUCGAAUGGAUCGCCCUUUCUCAUGUCUUUGGGCUUAAGCAAGGCCCUGCUUGCAUUUGUCUGGAUUGCAGGCCCUCUAACGGGUGUUCUUGUUCAGCCGUAUAUUGGCAUUCGCAGCGAUAACUGUCGCAUACCAUGGGGAAAGCGAAAGCCCUUUAUGAUCUCUGGAGGUGCAGCAACGGUGGUGGUUCUGCUUGCUCUCGCAUGGGUGCAGGAGAUAGUGGGGGGCUUUCUUGGGAUAUUUGGUGCUCACCCAGAGUCGGUGGGGACCAGAACGACGAUUAUAAUCAUAGCGACUAUCUUGAUGUAUUGUCUGGAUUUUGCUAUCAAUACUGUGCAAGCAGGGAUUCGUUGUUUCAUCGUCGACAAUGCCCCUGCCCAUCAACAGGAAUCAGCCAAUGCAUGGGCGAGCCGAUUGACCGGACUGGGCAAUAUCCUGGGAUACAUAUUUGGGUACAUUGAUCUGCCAAAAUAUUUCCCUUUCCUGGGACGAACGCAGUUUCAGAUCCUUUGUGCGAUCGCGUCGCUUUCGUUGGGAGUCACGCUCGUCAUCAGCUGUACAUACAUUAAAGAACGAGACCCACGGCUGGAGGGCCCACCUGCUUCGAAGAAUCCAGGCCUUAUUGAUUUCUUCAGACAGGUAUUCCAGUCGAUUCGCAAUCUCCCGCCUCAGAUUGCAAAAGUCUGCGAGGUCCAAGUCGUCGCGUGGAUAGGCUGGUUUCCUUUCUUGUUCUAUGCUACGACAUACAUUGGGCAGCUUUAUGUCAACCCGCUUUUUGCACAGCACCCGCAGCUCCCUGAAGAUGAUAUCAACAAGGCAUGGGUGGAAGCUACUAGGAUUGCGACCUUUGCACUUCUCGUCGAGGCUGUUAUUUCGUUCAUUGCUAAUGUUACGAUGCCCGCUCUGAUCGUGCCUACGUACAAACGGCCUGUUCCUGAUACUGUGCGCUCGGCCAGGGCCAGUAUUGCUGAAGAAAAUCCAAGCCCAGGGGUCCAACGGAGGACAUCGGGUGCUCCGUUUAGGGAUUCAGGACCGGCGCAGGCUGGGUCCAAACCCGUUGAAUCUACCGAAGGUCCAGCAUGGCUGGCGAAAUUGCAGAUACCGGGAUUUACGCUUCGCCGGGCCUGGCUUUUGUCGCAUGUACUCUUUGCGAUUUGUAUGUUCAGCACCUUUUUCACAAGUAGCUUCCAGGCCGGGACGGUGUUGGUUGGCUUCGUUGGCAUCUCAUGGGCUGUGACGCUAUGGGCGCCCUUUGCCUUAAUCUCCAACGAGGUAGCUCGAAUCGAUGCGGAACAUAGAAUCCGGCAACGUCAAAUCGAAGUAGAAGCAACGGCAGUCCCUAGUGAAGUAGGUUCAACGAUGACCGACACGGACGCGGUUCACUCCGACCCACACCGCGAAGAUCUCGAGACAGGCACAGGGACGGGGCUUCUCCACAACAAAGCGACGGACGAGGGGGAGGGUGAGAAUGAGAAUCAGGCACAAGCAGGCAUCAUCUUGGGACUGCACAAUGUGGCCAUUUCUGCGCCGCAGUUCCUGUCCACCCUGAUAUGUAGUGUGAUCUUCAAGGUGUUUCAAAAGCCUCGCGGGGAGCCUUAUGACGAUAGCGUCGGCUGGGUGUUGCGAUUCGGAGAUGCUCCCGAUUCCGGUACCAAGGAGUUUUUCAGCUCCUGGGCGCUCUUUAUUAUGAUUAUGUUGUUGAUGUUUGCGUUGUUUACGAGUUAUAUCCUGCAACAGAAGAAGAUCCAGGCGGUUCAUGAGACUGUGUUGUCUAUCUUUGCGGGCAUGUUCGUUGGGUUGAUAAUACGCCUGAGUCCCGAAUCGCCCAUCCAAGACAGCGUUACGUUCGAUUACCAGUUCUUCUUCAACCUCCUACUUCCUCCGAUUAUUCUAGCCUCAGGCUACGAGCUACACCAGGCGAAUUUCUUCCGGAAUAUAGGCACUAUCCUCACCUUUGCGUUUGCGGGCACUUUUAUUUCCGCCAUUGUGCUGGGAUUGGUACUAUACAUCUGGACCCGCGUUCCGCUGGAUGGCUUGAACAUGUCCUUUGUCGAGGCUAUCUCGACUGGCGCCACACUUUCCGCCACCGACCCGGUGACGAUUCUCGCCAUUUUCAACCUCUACAAGGUCGAGCCGAAGCUAUACACUGUUAUCUUUGGCGAGUCGAUUCUGAACGAUGCCAUUGCGAUUGUUUUGUUCGAGACGGCGCAGAAGUAUGCGGAUAGCGAAGCCGGCUCGCUCACGAUUCUUAACCUGUUUGAGGCUAUUGGGCUUUUCUUGUUGGUUUUCUUUGGUAGUAUGUUGGUGGGUAUGGUUGUCGGCAUUAUGACUGCCCUGGGACUGAAAUACACGCUUGUUCGUCGCAUGCCCAAGAUCGAGAGUUGCCUGAUCGUUCUCAUCGCCUAUGCCAGUUACUUUUUUUCCAACGGCGUUUAUCUUUCUGGCAUCGUCUCCCUCUUGUUCUGCGGUAUCACUUUGAAGCACUAUGCUUACUACAACAUGUCGCGUCGGACUCAGUUGACCACCAAAUACCUUUUCCAGGUGAUGGCACAAUUGUCGGAGAACUUUAUCUUUAUCUACCUUGGACUUGACCUGUUUGUCGAGGCCAACCUGCAGUUCAAGCCUCUGUUUAUCCUGGUUGCUGUUUUCGGCAUCUGUCUUUCCCGAUAUCUUGCCGUCUUCCCGUUGUCCAAGGCGAUUAACUGGUUUAUCCGGUAUAGAGCUCGUCGCCGUGGUAUGGAUGUUGCGGAUGAGUUGCCGUUUGCCUACCAAGCCAUGCUCUUUUGGGCCGGAUUGCGUGGAGCUGUCGGUGUUGCACUGGCUGCGGGUCUCAAGGGUGUUAACGCGCCAGCACUACGGGCUACAGUUCUUGUUGUGGUGGUGCUAACGGUCAUUAUAUUCGGAGGCACAACAGCUCGGAUGCUGGAGAUUCUCGGUAUUAGAACGGGCGUGGUUGAAGAGCUUGACUCUGAUGAUGAGUUUGAUAUCGAAGUUACCCACGGAGGUACUUAUUAUAAACGCUCCGAUACAGCGUUGGGAUACACGCCUCGUCGGGCGGAUUCCUCCAUUCCCCUGGAUGGAGUGCCUCGGGCAAAUGUCGAGCGGAAUGAUAGUUAUUCCAGCGGCAAUAAUCGCCGUCCUAGUCCCCCACCGCAGUCUAGUCGAGGACACUCGCGGAUGUACUCGAACGCUUUCGGUUCAAAGGAUGUGCAGACACAACGCGAUCGGUCGUCGACGGCCACGCUUCUAAACGGUGGUGCCCCGAGUCAUAGCGGCAGUAGUAUAGCCAGUGAGGAUGAGUUUGGGUUGAAGACCCAUGGCAAAGGCCGGGCCACCGAGACAGAUCCUGUCGAUGAUUUCGAUCUUGGUUUCGACGAAGCUCCGUCGGAUGAUGACCUUCCUCCCGCGGCCCCGGCGGCGCCUGCGUCUUCGCGACUGCGACGGUCACCAUCCCAACCACAAACAGCACCCACCUCGUCCAGUGUGUCACCCUCUAGAAGGGAACCUGGACUGAGUGCAAGAGAUGCCCUCCGAGAUCUCUUCUCAGGCGGGCCAUCCGGAGAUCAUGGCGCGUGGUUCCGACAGUUAGAUGAGGACUAUAUCAAGCCCAGGCUUCUUCUAGAUCAAUCGAAUCAUAAAGGACCGGGGGCUGUCUAGAGCCACGGGGGUUUUUGUAUACUUAAUGGACUUGCUUUCUGUUUGCAUUCAGUAUUUCUUUCUUUUCUUUCUCAUACCAUGUUCGGUUUUAUGGGGUUGAGUGAUAACCCCAAGGAGCUAUGUUCUGUAUCUCAUCAUGAAUUCAUUCCAUAGGGUCUGGAACCCUGGAAAUGGCAUGUGUACUGGUGCUGGGCUCAUUUUCGCUCGAUUAGAAAGUACUUUGUAAGAUUCGACUGUAUCUAGGUCACUAGGAAGUAUCGAUUGUUGCAGUCUAGAGUAACCCCGCAUGCACGAGGCACGAGGACUCCUCUUUCACCACGUCAAUCUUACCUCUUC